AUGCUUGCAACGAACAAACCGGUAGCUGAUGUCGACUCCGGCCGCAAACUUGGGAGACUUCCUUCGAGUAUUGAUGGCAGUGCAGGCUGUGCUCCUGACACCAACGCCUCGGCGCUUCACCCGUUCGGCUGCACGGCUUGGCUCACAGUCGCGCCUGAACUUCGCUCGAAACUCGACCCGAAAGCGGUUCGCGUUCUCUUCACCGGCUAUGACCUGGCUUCUAAAGCCUUCCGUUUCUACGACACGACGACCAAGAAGAUCAGUUUGGGCAGAAAUGCCAGGUUCCUCGACAACGAAUUUCCCGGGUUACGUAGCGACUCCACCGAGCAAGACGCCGACACGCACUUCGCCAGCGCUUGCCCGACCACCGAAUCCCAAGCCGUUGUCAAGACAUGGACCCCACUAGUAAGGUCGGCGCACAUGGACGUCUCAUCCUCUCUUGAUGACUCUGCCAUGAGCGCCGUUGACGUGGCCCCAGGGUACACUGGCGGAACCUUACUUAAUUCCACAGAUGCCGAAUCGUCCUCGUCACCGUCUCCUGAGCCGUCCUCGUCACCGUCGCCCGCAACUCCCUUGUCACCGUCGCCUGCGCUGUCACCGUCGUUGGCUGCGUCAUCGUCACCCUCGGCCUUACCGACCGACUCUGACUACUCCGCCGACCCUCUGGACCUCAUCGGCUCACAGACCCCGACUCGCCUCGGCCCACCGGACGUGCACCGCCCAGACUUCAGCACGUACCGUGAGCCCGCAUCGGCUGAGGAGUCGCCCGACGAACUCGACAUCAUUGGGCGCCACUCGCGCGAUGAAUCGCCGGACGAAAUCGAUUUCCUCACCCAACACCACCGCGCCUUCAUCGCCACCGACGACGACAACUCUGACACAGAAGCCAUUCAACCAGUCAAGUCCAUCACCAGCGACCCACAGACAUGGCGCGAGGCAAUGUCGAGUGACAAGCGCGAAGUGUGGGCCAAGGCCGCUACCGACGAGUUCAAUUCCAUGCGCGACGACUUCAAGGUCUUCAUGACAGGCAACGUCGGAGGGGAUGACGAUGACUACACGCGAGAGACGAGGGAGAGAGCGAGAGAGCGCGCGAAAGCGCGAAGGAGCGAAAGGGGUGUCGACCGAGGCGGCGGCAGUCGACCGAGAGGCAACCGCGGAGGAUACGCGGCUGCAAGGCUCGCAGCAAGUCCAGUGUACCGAACUAUGGUAGCCAACGAGGUCGGACAGAAGAGGGAGGGCAAACGAUCCAAGAAAUAG